CGAGUCCCUACCACGGAAUCCUCGCGCAACAAAGACGAAGGCAAGCAAGCGCGUUCUUCCGAUGAAUACGACUCAGGCCUGGUCGAAAAGCAUCGUCGGCGGGAAUCCGAAUGGCCCAAUGACGCCAAAGGGUCGAUCUCUGGCAGAUCGAGGACGUCUCCCCUCCGUGGCCUCUCGAUGCCGGGCGAAGGAGAAGGUCCUAGUCUCCCGUCCAGUUUCCAGAUGCCGCCCGUCUCGCGCCCAAGUUCGGUCAAAAGAGGUAGUCUUCUUGACAUCCUCAACGGAGUUGCAUCGGCGUCCUCCUCUGUAUUCCCUGCUGAGCCAUCCGGCAUGAUCUCUGGAAGUGGAACGCAGGACGAGGCACCUCCGCUGUUUCCCUUGGUUUUUCCGGUCUCUUCAGAGCGCCCCCGGUCCCGUGUCGCGAACGGCGGGAAACAUGCAGCUCAUAGACGCAGGACCGCGUCUGAGGCGUCUCCGCCGCCCGGGUAUGCCUGCAGGCUCUGCAACGAGCAAUGGACGUGUGUACCCCGCCUCACCUCAAUGAUCGGUCCACCUCCGGUCCCGGAUAUCAAGGUGCCCGCUUCGCCACCGAUCGCGAUCGAGCCGCAAGUUGCGCUGUCGAAUGCGCGCUCUCAGAUCAGUCGAGCUAGGCCGACGGAGGAGCAGCUAUUGGCGCUCGGCGUACCGUGCGACCUCGUUAACCCGUACCGGUGCUGCGAGCAAGUCUUCGUCAACUUCUACGACGCGACCUCGCACGUCGCCGGGCAUUCCGAAGCCGCCUGCGCCAAGGACAAGCCCUACUCGUGCAUCUAUCCGUCGUGCGAGUACCGCUCGUUCCAACCCGUGCAUAUCGCCCAGCAUUUCCUGUCCGACGUCCACUUCGGAGCGAAGGUCGCCUGCCCCGGAUGCGGUCUGCAGUUCGCGCGUCCGGCCACGAUGUUGCAUCAUUUGUCCCAGAUCAAGAAGAGGGACGGCUCUUUGGAGCAGCAUUUCGCUCACUGAACAACCGUUCAGGUGAAUACACGGCGCUAAGCGCGCUGCGCCCACGUUCAAAUUUCAAUCAUUAACAUACAG